CAGCAGCAUCCUGCGGGCGGCCGCUCUCCGGGGGGGAGGCUGAGAGCCGCCCGCCUCGCCCCCCCGCGGCCCGCCGCCCCUCCCUCCCGCUUCUCAGCCCGGCAGCGGCGGCGCGGCGGCGGCGGCGGCAGUCGCCGGAGGAGCAUCAUGCCGAGGAGGAAGCAGCAGGCGCCCCGGCGCGCAGCAGCCUAUGUUUCCGACGAGCUAAAGGCUGCCGCCCUGGUGGAGGAAGACCUGGACCCGGAAGAGAGCGCGGCAGAUGGGGAGCCCUCGGCCAAGUACGCGUGCCCCGAGAAGGAGCUCAGCAAGACCUGCCCCAGCUACCAGAACUCGCCCGCUGCCGAGUUCUCCAGCCACGACCUGGACAGCGAGUCGCACAUCAGCGAGGCCAGUGACCGCAUGGCUGACUUCGAGAGCGGCUCCAUCAAGAACGAGGAGGAGACCAAGGAGGCGGCGGUGGCGCUGGAGGACACGACCGUGUCGGACAGCCUGGAGCAGAUGAAGGCCGUGUACAACAACUUCCUGUCCAACUCCUACUGGUCCAACCUCAGCCUCAACCUGCACCAGCCGUCCUCGGAGAAGCACCCCGGCAGCAGCAGCAGCAGCAGCAGCAGCGGUAGCAGCUGCGGGAGCGGCAGCUUUGACUGGCACCAGAGCGCCGUGGCCAAGACGCUGCAGCAGGCGCCACCGAGCCGCGCCCUGCCCGAGCCCAGCCUGUUCAGCACGGUGCAGCUGUACCGCCAGAGCAGCAAGCUCUACGGCUCCAUCUUCACGGGCGCCAGCAAGUUCCGCUGCAGGGACUGCAGCGCCGCCUACGACACGCUGGUGGAGCUGACGGUGCACAUGAAUGAGACGGGCCACUACCGCGACGACAACCACGAGGCGGACAACAACAACCCCAAGCGCUGGUCCAAGCCGCGCAAGCGCUCGCUGCUGGAGAUGGAGGGCAAGGAGGACGCGCAGAAGGUGCUCAAGUGCAUGUACUGCGGCCACUCCUUCGAGUCCCUGCAGGACCUGAGCGUGCACAUGAUCAAGACGAAACACUACCAGAAAGUGCCUCUGAAGGAGCCCGUCACGCCCGUCGCGGCCAAAAUCCUCCCCGCCGCCCGGAAGAAAGCGCCCCUGGAGCUGGAGCCGCCCAGCUCCCCGGACUCCACGGGCGGGACGCCCAGGGCCGCGCCGGCCGACGCGCACGACGCGCUCCAGAAGAACGCCAACCCCUACAUCACGCCCAACAACCGCUACGGCCACCAGAACGGCGCCAGCUAUGCCUGGCACUUCGAGGCCCGCAAGUCCCAGAUCCUCAAGUGCAUGGAGUGCGGCAGCUCCCACGACUCCCUGCAGGAGCUCACCGCCCACAUGAUGGUCACCGGCCACUUCAUCAAGGUCACGAACUCGGCCAUGAAGAAGGGGAAGCCCAUCCUGGAGACGCCCGUCACGCCCACCGUCACCACCCUGCUGGAUGAGAAGGUGCAGUCGGUGCCCCUGGCGGCCACCACCUUCACGUCCCCCUCCCACACGCCGGCCAGCGUGUCCCCCAAGCUGAGCGUGGAGGUCAAGAAGGAAGUGGACAAGGAGAGAGCAGUGCCUGACGAGAAGCCCAAGGACAAGGAGAAGCCCUGUGAGGAGGAAGGCAAGUACGACGUCCCCUCCAAGUACCACUAUUUGACGGAAAAUGACUUAGAGGAGAGUCCCAAGGGGGGGCUGGACAUCCUCAAGUCCCUGGAGAACACCGUGACGUCUGCCAUCAACAAGGCCCAGAACGGCACCCCCAGCUGGGGGGGCUACCCCAGCAUCCACGCCGCCUACCAGCUCCCCAAUAUGAUGAAGCUGUCCUUGGGCUCGGCCGGGAAGGGCGCGCCCCUGAAGCCCGUGUUCAGCGCCAGCGAGAUCCUGUCCCCCACGAAAAGCCAGACCCUGGUCUCCUCGCCCGGCAGCCAGACCUCGCCCGUGCCCAAGACCAACUUCCAUGCCAUGGAGGAGCUGGUGAAGAAGGUCACGGAGAAAGUGGCCAAGGUCGAGGAGAAGAUGAAGGAGCCGGAGGGCAAGCUCUCUCCACCCAAGCGGGCCACCCCGUCCCCCUGCAGCAGCGAUGGCAGCGAGCCCAUCAAGAUGGAGGCGUCCGGCGACGGGGGCUCCCAGAGCCAGGAGCACAGCCCCAGCCCCGCGCGGGACGGGGGCAAGGAGGGCAGCCCCCCGGCGGAGCCCGUGGAGAAUGGCCAGGAGCUGGGCCAGCCCGCGGGCAGCAGCCUGAGCAGCAGCACCGCCAUCAUCACAGACCACCCCCCCGAGCAGCCGUUCGUGAACCCGCUGAGCGCCCUCCAGUCGGUCAUGAACAUCCACCUGGGCAAGGCUGCCAAGCCCUCCCUGCCCGCCCUGGACCCCAUGAGCAUGCUCUUCAAGAUGAGCAACAGCCUGGCCGAGAAGGCGGCCCUGGCCACGCCGCCCGCCCUGCCGCCCCGGAAGGCGGACCCCCUGGACCGCUACCUCUACCACGCCAGCCACGACCAGCCCAUAGACCUGACGAAGGGCAAGGGCGACAAAGGCUGCUCGGCGGGGUCGGUGCUGCUGUCGGCCACGUCCACGUCCCCGGCCACCUCCUCGUCCACGGGGACCACGGCGAAGACGUCCGCCGUCGCGUCCUUCCUGUCGAGCUCGCCGCUCCGCGAGAACGCCCUGUCGGACAUAUCCGACAUGCUGAAGAACCUGACCGAGAGCCACACGUCCAAGUCCUCCACCCCCUCCAGCGUCUCGGAGAAGUCCGACCUCGACGGGGCGACGCUGGAGGAGGCGGAGGAGGCGACGCCCGCGCAGAAGAGGAAGGGCCGCCAGUCCAACUGGAACCCCCAGCACCUGCUGAUCCUGCAGGCCCAGUUCGCCGCCAGCCUGCGGCAGACCACGGAGGGCAAGUUCAUCAUGUCGGACCUGAGCCCGCAGGAGCGCAUGCACAUCUCCAGGUUCACGGGGCUCUCCAUGACCACCAUCAGCCACUGGCUCGCCAACGUGAAGUACCAGCUCCGAAGGACAGGCGGGACCAAGUUCCUCAAAAACCUGGACACGGGCCACCCCGUGUUCUUUUGCAAUGACUGCGCGUCGCAGAUCAGGACUCCCUCCACGUACAUCAGCCACCUGGAGUCUCACCUGGGCUUCCGGCUCCGGGACCUGUCCAAACUGUCCGCCGAACAGCUCAGCGGCCAGAUAGCACAAACCAAGUCGCCCUCGGAGAAGCUGAUGACGUCCUCCCCCGAGGAGGACCUGGGCACCUCCUACCAGUGCAAGCUGUGCAACCGGACCUUUGCGAGCAAGCACGCGGUGAAACUUCACCUGAGCAAGACGCACGGCAAGUCCCCGGAGGACCACCUCCUGUAUGUGUCCGAGCUGGAGAAGCAGUAGCGUUGGCUGCCGGCGAGGCGGCUGUGGUUUGCUCUGAGGGAAACGGCGGCAGGCACCUGAAGGCCCCUGUCCGGCCGUGGCACGGGCCCCCCUUCCCGGCAGAGCGCCGCUCCGGGCUGGACCGUGCUGUGUGGU